CAUUUAUCAUUAUUUUAUAAUAUCAAUUAUAUUUUGAUACUUAUCAUUUUUUAUUUUUAUCUAAAAACAUGUCUACUUUUGGUACAAUCUAUGGUGAUGAUGAUCAGCCGAAGCUCAGCAUCCUUGCCACGAUGAGGCCGCAUGAGAAUGAUGAUGAUGAUGACGAUGAUGGUGAUGAUGUAGCGCCGGCAGCUUGAUUAAACAUACUUUCAUGUUGGCAUUCUAGCUAAAGAGUGUUGAUGAUCUUUAGGCAAAAUCUAAACUCAUCAAUUUUAUAUAUGAUGAAUUAUGAAAGAUUUACCUAGCUUUAGUUUCAUAUCAAUUGAUCGGGAAAUUACAUCUAGGCAAAGAGAUGGAUUUCAUUUGCUUCAUAGCUUAUCUUGGAAAGCACCCCCAAAUCAAUUAUUACUAAGGAACAAACAAUACAAGAAGAAGAUGUGAAGUUGGAGAAAAGCUAUUUUGAGAUAAUGGGAUUGUGUUGUUCAUCAGAAGUUCCAUUGAUUGAGUCAAUUGUUAAACCUUUAAAUGGUGUCAAGGACAUUUCUGUUGUUGUUCCUACCAAGACUUUGACGGUUGUCCAUGAUAUUCGCAUUAUUUCUCCUUCUCAAAUUGUACAAGCAUUGAAUCAAGCACGACUAGAAGCAAGUGUUCGACCUCGAGGAGAAGCCAACUACACCAAGAAAUGGCCAGGGAAGUGGAACAUAACUUGUGGUGUAUUGCUUCUGUUGUCAUUGUUGAAAUAUGUGUAUCAACCAAUGCAAUGGUUAGCCAUUGUGGCUGUCCUUAUUGGAGUUCCGAACAUUAUUUGGAGAAGCAUUGCAUCUAUCAGAAAUCUGACACUCAAUAUUAAUGUCAUUGUUUUAAUUGCAGUUGGAGGAACAAUAGCUCUGCAAGAUUACACUGAUGCAGCUAUAAUCGUCUUCUUGUACAAUAUAGCUCAGUGGCUCGAGUCAAGAGCUAGUUACAAGGCUAUGUCUGUAAUGUCAUCUCUGACAAGCAUGACGCCCCUGAAAGCAACACUGGCUGAUUCUGGUAAACAAGUUGAUGUCACAAGUGUGAAUCUAGGAACCAUUAUCGCAGUUAAAGCAGGCGAGGUUAUUCCUAUUGAUGGAGUUGUUGUGGAGGGUAAAUCUGAAGUGGAUGAAAAGGCAUUGACUGGUGAAUCUUUUCCUGUCAUCAAAGAAAUUGGCUCUACUGCUUUGGCUGGCACUAUCAAUUUAAAUGGCUAUAUCGGUGUAAGAACUACAAUGUUAGCCGAAAACUGUUUAGUGGCAAGGAUGGUGAAUCUUGUAGAAGAGGCUCAGAGUAGGAAAGCUAGAAUCCAGACAUUUAUUGAGGAUUGUACAAAAUGGUACAUUCCUGUUGUUGUUCUGAUAUCAUCUGGUGUUGCUGUAACUCCAAUUGUUUUACAAAGUAGUGAUAAAACGCGCUGGUUUCAUCUAGCCUUGGUUGUAUUGGUGAGUGCUUGUCCUUGUGCACUAGUAAUCUCUACACCAGUCACAAUUUUCUGCGCUCUUUCAAAAGCCGCAACAGCAGGGCUUCUCUUCAAAGGUGGAGAUUACCUUGAGCUUCUUGCUAAAGUUAAGACUGUCGCCUUUGAUAAAACCGGGACAAUCACAACAGGAGAAUUUUCUGUCACACACUUUCAGUCUCUAAACGAAACAGUUAGCAUUGAGAAGUUACUCUUCUGGAUUUCGAGUAUUGAGAGUAAAUCGAGCCAUCCAAUGGCAGCGGCACUUGUCAACUAUGCUGCAUCACAUUCCAUUAAGCCAAUUCCUGAAAAGGUGGAGGAAUUCCAAAACUAUCCAGGAGAAGGGAUAUAUGGAAAAAUUGAGGGUGAACAUAUAUACAUUGGGAAUUAUAGAAUCGCUCUAAGAGCAGGAUGUACAGAAAAAUAUGACAAUGAGUUGCAUAAGAUGGAAGAAAAAGCGAGUGGAUUUAUAUACAUGGGAGCAACUCUGGUUGGAACCUUUGCUCUAUCCGACAACUGUCGGUCAGGAGCCAUGGAAGCAAUCAAAGAGCUAAAGGAAUCAGGGAUUAGAACAGUUAUGCUAACUGGUGAUAAUCAUGCUGCAGCACAACAGGUGCAACAUCAGUUAGAGAACGCGCUUGACAUAGUUCACCCGCAGUUACUACCAGAAGACAAGGCUAAAAUCAUUGAGGAAUUGAAGAAGGAUGGAGUAGUAGCAAUGGUAGGAGAUGGAAUAAACGAUGCACUCGCUUUAGCAACAACUGAUAUCGGAAUAUCAAUGGGGAUAUCAGGUUCUGCACUCGCAAUGGAGACAGGACAUGUAAUUCUGAUGUCCAAUGACAUCAGAAAGAUACCAGAAGCAAUUAGAAUAUCAAAGAAAGCAUCUACAAAAAUCGUUGAGAAUGUGAUCAUAUCAUUUUCGACAAAGGGAUUAGUCCUUGCAUUAGCCAUUGCUGGCUACUCAAUGCUCUUAGUUGCUGUAGUGACCGAUGUUGGUACAUGCCUGCUUGUAAUACUCAACAGUAUGCUGCUUCUACGAGGGGCUGACGAGUACAAGAAGCCGAGUACUAACAUUGUUCAGAAUAAGUCUUGUUGUGAUAAAACUGCCAAGGGAGAAGUUAAGUGCCAAAGUUCAGUUAGCAAAAAGGCAAUUCAGCAGAGUAGUGAGAAGGCAGAGGAGCUGAAAAAAGGUUGUUGUGCUAAGAAAACUUGUACUGCUAAGUUGGAAGGGACACCGGAGAAAAUGGAUAGCGCGAUUAAGGGUGGAUGUUGUAAGAGACCAGCUUCAAAUUGUAGGACUGGGAAGUGCAAAUCUUCUAGUGGGUGUAGUCAGUUUGGUGCAAGUAGUUCACUUGAUGUUGUGAUUGCAUAAAUAGAUUUUUACAUGAUAAAUAUGAGUUUGUUUUUCGUUUUACUUUUUUUUUUAAUCAUUUCGGAUGUUAAUCUCUCUCAUGAUGAUUGUAACUUAAACUUAAAUCUUCUCAAGUUCUCAGGUUUAUUACAAGGAAGAAACUAUUGUUCA